AGCUUUGAGGAGCAGCAGCAGCAGCAAAAAGGAGCAAAGGAUCAUCAACAACCAGCAGCUACACUAGCAUGGCCUCAUUGCAGUUGCUGCUCUGCUGUGCGACAACCCUUCUGAUUGCCAACGCCUUGGAGCUGGCGCCCCAGCUGCUGAGCGUCGCCACCAGCGAACCGGCGAGCAGUAAGGCCAAGACGCACUACACGCCCUUUCCGUUGGUCGAUGAUGACGUCGAAGUGGAGGCCGUCGAGCUGCCGCUAGAUGUGGACCAGGACGACAACGUCGAGCCCACCCGCGUGCAUCAUUCACUGCCGCCUCCCUGGCUGCAGUUCGCCGACGAGCCCGUCCAGAAGCCCCGUGUCAACAAUAAGGCGUCCUUUAUCAAACUGCCUCCCGCCGGGCAGCAGCACAAGCAUCCACAUGGACAUGGACACGGGGCGUGCACCAUUGAGAUAACCAGCAAAGUGCCGGGCAUCUGCCAGCCCAUGAGCAUGGGCGUGGGCAGUGCCUGUAUUUCGGGUGAAUUCAUGGAGGUCUACAGUGCAUCCCACUGCUCCAAUUUCUAAUCCGGAUAGAGAAGUCCCAACGCUCCGCUCUCCCUUGCUCCACUCUCCCCCUCUCUCUCUACUUGUUGGAUCCCUCUGAAUGCUUGUUUAGUGUCUAUUUUUAGUGGGUUUAAUGGAGGAGUACGACUACCUGGUGCGCGUUUUGCAAUUAACACUCAUUAAUAUUUGUAUAAAUAAAG